GGCACCUUCAUCGUCUGCCAACCAAUCAACAGAAGCGUUAGAAUUAACAUUUCUUACAGCCACUCAGAGGCGGACUACGACAAAGCGUACUGUUCCUUGUCCAUGACUGACUUUCGGGAAAAUCUCAUCAGAGCAACUGGAGGUGAACCCAAUGCCAUUCCAGGGGUGACAAUCAUGGGCAUCAAACCGGGCGAAGGGCGAGUCCUUUAUCAAAAUCUUCUACCGUUCGCUUUUAUUAUCCAAGCUGCACUUUGUAGCAUUCCAUCACUUCUGUGGAGAACAUGGGCGUCAGAAAUACUCUGUGCUUCUGUAAGAUUCAUCAUGGAUAUCUCAGAAAGAUUUCCUCGAGCUCCCAUAGGCGAGUUUGCACCUCGUGAUCGCAGAAAGGAACAAAGUUAUGAAGUACUCUCCGAGGACCUAAGCAGUCAAGUUGAUUUCUGGGGAGGCAGGAAAUUCCUUGCAAGAGUCUACACCACGAAGCUAAUGCUUAAUCUUGGCAUUUUGAUCUUUGUUGUUUGUGUUUAUCUGUCCUAUCCAAUGCUUAAUUAUUACAGCUUACAAGCGCUAUUUGUUUGUCACGUGAACAGACAGACCUUAGUCACGUGCAUUUUUCCCGACAUUGGCUUGUUUAAAGUUGCGUGGAUAGCCAAUUUAGUCCUCGUCGAUAUCUCGAUUGUCCUCGUUGUUUUCCAGUUGAUAAACGUCGCCUUCUGCAUUUCGCGGACAAGAACCUUCUUCGUCUGGUAUCUUGGAGUGGAGGAAAGAAAAAAGACUAGAUUACCAAAUGACAUGCAUUUAAUUUCACAUUUCUGUUACGCAAAUCUCACUGCGAUGUGUCCUAGAAUUGUACUCCAUUCUGACAUUCAAAGAACAGCGUUAUAUAAUCCGCUUAUUUCGUUAGGAAGUUCACAAGAGGAGUUGAAUACUAGUAGCUCAAGUUCAUCUCUCUCCUAUAACACAGCUCCACAAGUGUUUAGACGACAGACCGCCACCGAAUUAGAUAGGGAAUAA